GAAACGUUAUUUCUGAUCCCCCAACAUGAACACCAUGCACUCCCAAAUUCAAAAGGUGCAAUCAAAAUCUUUGUUCACCAUUUAUUCUGGAAAAGGUGCAAUCAAAAUCGAAACAGCGUCAUGGUUUACUCCAAACCGGUUGUUGUUGCCCACAACCUGCUCGACGUAAUUCCUCAAUCGGUUUUCGUAUGUAGUGCUUGUCAAUCCCCUGUCACGUGCCUCGUACGUGACAAAGCCAUUCUCUGCUUCUCUUUUCUUUUCUUUUCGCCUUUCUCCCGCCUCUGCUCUGUUUCUACUCUGUUUCUGAACACGCAAGAUCCUUGGGAGUCGGUUUACGAUGAAUCGUUUUCCUCCUCUGGCAGAUGCCAAGGGCGAAAAGCUCUUCAAGCUCGCCAAAGAUCUCUACGCUCAAGGCCAUCACAUCAAGGCCUUGGAGGCCAUCCUAGCUUUGUCUUUCCUCAAAGGGAAUGACAAGAACCCUGUAACUUACCUCCACGGUACUAUCUUCAGGGACCUCGCUCGAAAAACAGAGAACCCCAAUCUGAAAUUCACCUACUUGCUUGGUUCCGUUGAGAUCUUUACCGCGUGCAAGCCUUUCUCAGGGGUUGCUGCGAUGUCACUCUUCAACUUGGCUCAGCUGCUUGAAUCCAAGCUCUAUUACAAGAAAGCCCUGGCUCAAGCUAACCAGAUCGUUGGCGCUGUUAAAAACUUAGAGUCUCUAAGGCAUGUUAUCAAGACUUCAGAGUCAAAGCUCGCUCAGUUCAAGAAUGGGAGUUAUCUCGUUGAGGACUCCGAUGACUCAGAAGAUAUGGUUGAGUCGGAGGAACAUGAAGAGACUACCAAGACUGAGUCUGACUUUGUUAGAGGACUCAAGUCGUACUGGUCAGGGCUGAAUGUUGAUAAAAGACGAAACUUUAUGAAAGUAAGCAUUGCGGAUUUUGCAAGUUAUGUCCAGAGAUUAUAUGGCACAGAGGGACGAGUUGCUUUGGAGGAAGUACUGGGUUCCGUUAGGAAACACAAAAGAUGGAGGCUUUGGGUCUGUCGAUCUUGUUCGAAAGAGUUCUCUAGUGCUGAAGAAUGUAGGAAUCAUCUUGAAAAAGAACAUGGUGCAGGGUUUCGUCAUAAUGUAGCAAUGGCUCUAGCUCAAAGGAUAAGUGAGUCCUGGGGUUGUAUGAUAUCUGAUGGAGGUUGGGAACCCCUGGAUACUGUAUCUGCUGUCGAAAUGAUCAAGACUCGUCUACAAGAUAUGAAAGCGUUUGUGUAUGAGAAUGGAUGGUCCAAAGAUUUGCCUGUUGCUGCAGAUGAAGAGCGCAGAAAGCUACUCCAGGAGAUUCGGUUUCUACUUGUGACGUUUCGUGACUGUAACAUUCUCUCACGUAGUGUUAUAGCCUGGGUGAAGGAUUUGGUGGUUAGCCAUUUUGAGAAACUUCAAGUUUCCAAACAUAGUCUUGCUGAGUGCGGCCUAGUGGAAACACCUCAAAGUAUCUGCUUUUUGGAACGUCAUGAACUCAAUCAGUUCCUGGACCUUCUCAAACGCAUCAAGUGUGAAAGGGAUGAUGGUACUGAACUUGUCUGCAGAGCGGUGGAUAGUGUCUACAAUGGUACUCGAGUUAAAGAGAAGAUCGACUUUGACAUGAAGUUUUCAUCUCUGCUUUUGGAUAAGAGACUGCUGCAAUGCGAGAUUGCUCAGUUCGAUGAGGAAGGGGCAGUCAGUUUUCUAAAUGCCAGUGCUCACUACGCCAAGGCAAAUGCUGGUGGCGAUAAUAUCAUACUCUGGUUGACAGAAAAGUCUUCAGGAGAUGAGAAGUUCCAUUUUCAGAGACCUACUAGAGCACACAAUCUUGAUGUUUGGUUGGCAGUUCUGGGAGCCGUUCAGUUCACAUGUAGGACUAUGGGAACUCAAUAUUACGCAAAGAAGCUCAGGAUCGGAGAUUUUACUGAAGUUCUCGUUGACGCCAAGAACAUGUGUAUAGGCGAAGAUGAAAGGAGAAGGAAUACUCCGGAUGGUCAAAGGAAGACAUAUGCAUCUCUUCUAUGCGAUGAAUGUGAAAAGAAGCAUCUAACGACAGACUCCAGUAAUUCUCUCGCGACAAGACUGUACUGUAGUGCAGUAGUAGAUGUUCUCAAAGCAGAAUUGCAUCCGAAAUUUGGUCUCCCCGAGUUAGAAGAUUGCCUGAAUGUUAUACGUGAUCAUAGAAAUGUCAGUGAUGAUGUGGUGUUGAGUUCCAUAAACCACCUGAAAUCAGUGAUGACCGAUAAGGUUCCUCUAAUUGAUUCUAAGAUCUUUCUGGUUGAAAACUCAAGGAUCAAUUUGCUCAACGACCUUGUCAGACUUUCUGUUUUUGACUACCGCUCUUACAUCCUUCCUCUGCUGAAAGAAUUUUUGCUGGAAGGAAUUGUAGAUAUGGAAUGCAAAGCCAAGUUAGCUGCAGCACAAGCAGAUCGCUUACUCGAGGAGGAAAUGAAAUCACAGUCUAAAAAGAAGAAAAAUAAAAUCAGCAAGGAAGAGUUAGCUGCAGUACAGGCGCUGAAACUUUUAUCCGAGAACAAUCAAGACAAAGAGAAGAAUUCGGGGUCAAAGAAGAAGAGACGCAGAAACAAAAAGAUAACUUCAACAAGCAUGCCUGGAGUUCUUGAUCAGAAUGUCGAACAUGAUACUUCUCCAUCACCUAAACCGGGGGAAGAAGAUUCUAUGGAACAAGAUCAAGAGGAAGCUGCUAAAGAUAUGCAAAAUAUGCCUGAAGCAGAGUCACCGUCGAAACAUUUGGAGCCAGCACAUGCAGAAGGUCCACCCAUAUAUAAUUCAGCUCUUGCCAUGACGCUGAAGGCUCUUUGUCACAUUCUCAAAGAGUAUUUGCUGCAAAAUCGUAAUCAAAUUUAUGACCACCGGGAAGAACGAGUUCCUUGUGCAAUAGGAAAUUUCUUUACUGCGUUUGUCUGGAAGCAAAUGAAAGAGGGACUCUACAGUUGCCUCUUGAGCGACUUACUUGCUUCCAUAGAAGAAGUUUAUUCCAAGACAAGUUAUGCCGCUGAGCUACUCGCAUCCAUCCUUGAGUUUUGGCCUUGCUGGAAAUGUCCAGAAAUAGAAAGCGUGGUAACUCAUAUUUUUACACUGGAGGAAUAUGAACGAAUAAGUUGUAGCAAAUGCAAAAAAAUGCCAAAUUAUCCAGAGCAAAGUUCUUAUGGAAUCAUCAUGGCUGCAGAUUCAAUCAGAGAUCUGAAGUGUGCUUUUGGGAAUAUAAAGUUUGAGGACAUCCUUAAAAUAAUUCGCAUGGAAGAUAAAAUGUUAUGUGACCUUAAAACAGGAGGCUGUGGAAAGGCAAACGUUGUUCAUCACAUUAUUAGUAGAUGCCCGCCUAUAUUUACAGUCGUGCUGGAAUGGGAGAAAGAUGAAACAGAAAAAGAAAUAUCUGAAACAAGUAAGGCUUUGGACUGGGAGAUAGAUAUGAGCAGGCUAUACGAAGGCUUAGAACCAAGCACAAAAUACCGGCUUGUGUCAAUGGUUGGUUGUGGUGAAGAAGAAGAAGAAUACAUAUGCCUAGCUUAUAAAAAGAAACGAUGGGUCAGGUUCAGUCUUGGAGCUUCAGCAAAAGAGGUUGUUGGUAACUGGAAUAGUGUGGCCAGAUACUGUGGAGAAAGGAAGGUUCGGCCAGAGAUUUUGUUUUAUAAAGCUUUGGAAUGGCCUUAACAAGUGAUAAAGUCAUAUCUCAAUAUAGAAAACCGAUUCUUGUAUAUAUUAGAUUCAAAAGCAGAUUUGUUCUGUCUUAAUAAAGCGAUUGAUACUGAGUUGAAAC